CGGUGUUGCUAGUUGCAGACCACGCCAUGGCUAAACUGCUGACACUGUUCACGCUUCUCCUGUGUGUUGCCGCCUUGGCUCAUGCGCAGUUUGGCCAGGGCGGUUUCGGCCGUCCUGGCGGAGGUUUCGGAAGGCCCGGUGGUGGUGGCGGCUUCGGCCCUGGAGGAGGUGGCGGCUUCGGCCCUGGAGGAGGUGGUGGCUUCGGCCCUGGAGGAGGCGGCGGCUUUGGCCCUGGAGGAGGUGGCGGCUUCGGCCCUGGAGGAGGCGGCGGCUUCGGCCCUGGAGGAGGCCGUCCUGGUUUCGGCGGUGGUGGCUUCGGACCCGGACGCGGUCGCGGUUUUGGCGGCUGAACGAUGCACCUGCACCAGCUACAGCUCUCCACAAACUACUUCACUUCUUCAUUUCAGUUGACUUGUGCGCAAUUUAACUGUGAAUAAAGCAUAAUAAUCAUCA